AUGGAGAACAAAUAUCACGGCGAGCACCGUGAGGUCAUGGGCCCCGAGCUGGCCGACGAUGUGAAGCAUCAGGAGGCGCUCAUUGACUCCUACGUGCCCGACACGGAGGAGGAGCGGAAGCUGGUUCGAAAGAUUGAUCUCUAUAUCCUCCCAGCCAUGUGGUUGAUGUAUCUUCUCAGUUACAUGGACAGAACCAAUAUUGGCAACGCGAAGAUCGCGGGUAUGGAACACGAUCUUGGCCUCGACUCAGGACGAUACUCCGUGGCGCUCAUUGUCUUCUUCGUUGGUUACGUUGUCUGGGAGGUGCCUUCCAACAUGAUCCUAGCUCGAACGAAACCCUCGAUCUUCCUACCCGCCAUCAUGUUCUUGUGGGGAUGUGUGACAAUUGGAAUGGCGUUUAUUCAAACUUAUGAAGCCCUUGUCGGAUUGAGAGUUGUUGUCGGUCUUCUCGAAGCUGGCUUUGCGCCCGGUAUGCUUCUGCUGCUUUCGAGUUGGUAUAAGCCAGAAGAGCAGGCACGGAGAUUUGGUGUCUAUAUUUCCGCCGCCAUUCUUUCCGGUGCAUUCGGCGGACUCAUUGCCGGCGCUAUCACUAGUGGACUCCAUGGGUCUCAUGGACUGGCAGGAUGGCGAUGGCUGUUCAUUGUGGAGGGCGCUGCUACCGCAGUCUGGUCGAUCAUCGCAUCCUUUCUGCUCAUGGAUUUCCCGGCAAACACGAAGCGACUCACCGAACCAGAGCGCGAACUCGCUAUCAAGCGACUCCUGGCAAGAUCUGCACGUGUUGAAACCGAAGAUGCCCCUCGCCUGUCCCACCUCCAAGCCCUCAAGCAGGCUCUUACGAAUUGGCGAGUUUGGCUAUUCGUUGUUGGCUACAUGGCUGUUGUUGGGUCUUCGACUUUGUCCUACUUCUAUCCCACACUGGUCAAUGGACUCGGGUACAGCACUACGGUGGCUCAGUAUAUGACAAUUCCCAUUUAUGUGGCUGCAUUCUUUGUCACCGCCAUCGUGGUCUACUUCAUGGACGUUUAUUCCGCCUGGAGAGGCUUUGUCCUUGGAUGUACCAUGACGGUAGCCAUGGUCUGUUCAAUCAUUAUUUGUGUGGUGUAUGACUUUCACGCCCGAUACGCCCUCCUGGUCAUCAUGGCGUCUGGUCUGUGGGCAUCCAACGGUCUCUCGCUCGCAUACGCAUCCUCUACCUUUGCAGCCAUGCCUGCAGAAGUCCGUGGAAUUAGUCUGGCCUUUGUAAAUGCAAUGGGCAACCUUGCGCAAAUUUACGGAGCCUAUCUUUUCCCCUCCAGCAGCGCACCGAAGUAUCUUAUGGGCUUUGGUGUAAUCUCAGGACUCUGCUUUACUGGUGUGGCGGCCUAUCUCGCACUUUAUAUACUUUUGAGAAAGUACCCACAGCGUCACUAA